AUGCCGACACCAUCGAGGACCCGUGUCGCGGCGCGGCCUGGGGCCGUGCAGAAGUCCAAGCAACAGACCAUGACGUCGAUGGCAGCAAAGGCGUCGACGACAACACCGUCGUCCAACAGGCUGGGCUCGUCGCCCGCCUCGGCACGGAACAAGAUGGCCGCACCCGCAGUCAAGGGCCCGCCGAACAAGAGCAUCCUCAGCUUCUUCAAAAAAGUGCCGCCACCAGAAGAGUCGAUGUUUGUGGCCGGCUCGGUCGAUGCGGUCUGGAAGCAGCUGGCGGCAAGCCAAGGCAACGAAGAAAACGAGGUUGUGGUCGAGGCAGAAGACGAGGUGGGGAUGGUGCACGACACAGGAGACCGGUUCAACGAGUGCACAGGAUCUGUCAAGCGGCGACGCUUGAGCGAGGAGCAGCCCACUUCCACGCCAACACCAACAGCAAGAGCCACCCAGCGAGGGCCUUUUGUCGACGAAUCCGACUCGGAUUCGGAUGCCGAAGGUGGCAGUCACAGUCAAAAGCGCGGCUCUCUGCGGCCCCCAGCUGCACAAAACGACGAAGCGAUCACGCUCUCCCCACGCCGCCUCGAAACCCACACCUCGUUUGACGAGACCUUUCUCAAAAUCGACAUGAAGACGACCGAUACAGCAGAGAACACAGAUGCCGACAACGUUGUCAACAUCGACGACUUCAACGACCUCGACGACACCGACUUUGCCGGAUUUGCGGACCUCGACGACGACGACGACGCCUUUGCUCUUGCCGGCGAAGAGUUCCGCGAGCGGAAGUACAUGGAGGCCCAGGCGCGAUUAGAAGCCGACGCCGAGGCCGGUGUUCUGGCGAACGACAACCAUCCGAGAGACGAAGCAGCCGAUGGGUGUCCCAUCUGCGGUACGAGUUUGGCCGGCAAGACCUCCGACCAAGCCACCGUACAUGUCAACGCAUGUCUGGACGGCCUGACGAGCGGCACCGCAAACACCCCACAAGAAGCACCACAUCCACCACCACCACCAACCAAGAACACGGCAGCAACACAACACACCACAAGUGAGCCCCGAGCAAGCACCGCCCUGUCCGGCUUCUCCAAGCGGUUCAUGCGGACAGCGCAGCCUCGGCCCGGCCAGGCCAACCCCAUUGCGUUUGGCGGCAGCGGACCGGGCGGCGUAUCCUCGUCCAACGGUCCAGGAUCGGCCUUUGCCAAGCUCAUGUCCGGCCACGCCGAGGACGAGGCCUGGGCCACCGCCGCUGCGUUCGAGGUGGCCUCCCGCGGCAGGCCCGCAUAUGAGCGCACCUGUCCCUUUUACAAGAUCAUGCCCGGCUUUUCGAUUUGCGUGGACGCGUUCCGGUACGGCGCCGUCGAGGGCUGCCGCGCCUACUUUCUGAGCCAUUUCCACAGCGACCACUACAUUGGCCUCACGGCCAAGUGGUGCCACGGCCCCAUCUACUGUUCGCAGGUCACGGCCAGCCUCGUGCGCAGCCAGCUGGGCACGGCCGCGCAGUACGUCGUCGCUCUCGAUUUUGAAGCGACGGUGCCCGUGCCGGGCAUCGACGGCGUCCGCGUCACCAUGAUCCCGGCCAACCACUGCCCGGGCAGCGCCAUGUUUCUGUUUGAAAAGACGAUGCAGCCCACCGGGCGCAUCCACCGCAUCCUGCACUGCGGCGAUUUCCGCGCGUGCCGCGCACACGUGGACCACCCGCUGCUGGCGGCGGACACGCUGGAUGCGCUCACCAAGAAGAAGAAGCAGCAGCGGAUCGACGUCUGCUACCUGGACACGACGUACCUCAACCCGCGGUACUCGUUCCCGCCGCAGGACGAUGUCGUGGCGGCGUGUGCGGCGCUGUGCGCCACGCUCGACCAGAGCCUGCGGGCCGGCGACGAGGGCGCGUGGAACACGGCGCUGCGGCGGCGCGCGACCGGCGGCGGCGACGGCAGCGGGAGCGUCAAGGACUUUUUCAAACGGGCCAACAGCAGCGGGGGACCUGGAGACGCAGCUGUACCGGAGGCUGUCACACCGCAACAACCCGUGUCGCCACCACGCGAUGCGCUGGCCGUUCUUGGUCGCCGCGCGACCGACCGCGACCGCAACCGUCUGCUGGUCGUCUGCGGCACCUACAGCAUCGGCAAAGAGCGCAUCUGCAAGGCCAUUGCCCAGGCCCUGGGGUCCAAGAUUUACGCGUCGCCCGCCAAGAUCAAGGUGGUCGCCCAGCUCGGCGACCCGGAGCUCACGGCGCUCAUGACGAGCGACGCCACCGAGGCCCAGGUCCACAUGCAGAUGCUUAUGGAACUGCGCGCCGAGACGCUGGCCGAGUACCUGGACGGGUACAAGGCGCACUUUUCGCGGAUUGUGGGGUUUCGGCCGUCGGGGUGGAACUACCGCCCCGGCCAAGCAUCCGGGGCGCCGGCACCGGGGUCCGCGGCUGUCGCCAGCGCGUCUGGAGCCGCCACCGCCGCCGCCACCCCGUCGGCCGCCCUCGCGCCCUCGACGCUCCCCACCACCACGCUCCUCCACGGCGCCGGCUGGCGCACCCGCUUCGGUGCGCGCGACCUCGUGCCCCAGCGCGGCAGCACGCAGGACGCCAUCUGCCUGGGCGUGCCCUACAGCGAGCACAGCUCGUUCCGGGAGCUCGCGCUCUUUCUCAUGGCGCUGCGCAUCGACAAGGUCGUGCCCACGGUCAAUGUCGGCAGCGACGUGUCGCGGAAGCGCAUGAAGGCAUGGAUCGACCGGUGGCUGGCGGAGCGGCGGCGGGGCGGGUUGGUGCAGACGCUGGUGGAGGGCGGUCCAGACGGCAAAGAUGGGCAGAAGUCUCGGCUUUGGGACGGCAAGGAUGGGAAGGGCGGUGUUGCAUAUUGGUAG